AUGGCGAUAGUCCCAGUUAGAAUUCGCUUGCGUGAUAAACCUCAUAGUAUAGAGACAUACGCAUUCUUGGAUACAGGUAGUAGCGCUUCGUUUUGCACCGAGACAGUUAUGAAACAGCUUGGAGCUAGAGGUAAGAAGACACAGCUUACACUGAGUACAAUGGGUGAGCCAUUUAUCAUGAACACAUUUUCCAUCAGUGGACUGCAAGUAAGUGACAUUGACUCGGAAAAUGCUAUUGAUCUUCCGCGAGUGUUCACGAAGGAGAAAAUGCCCGUGUCUAAGAAGCACAUCCCAACACAAGCAGAGGUGUCAAGGUGGGAACACUUAGCAAAGGUUUCACUAGCUGAGCCUAACUGUGAGAUAGGUUUGAUGAUUGGCAGCAACGUACCAGAUGCCUACUCGCCUAUUGAGAUACUUGCAGGCCCUAGUGGAUCACCACAUGCUACAAGAACUAAGCUUGGAUGGGUGGUCUGGAAUGUUCUUCGAGAAAGCGGUACUAUACAAGUCAACAGAGUUCACAUUCAGGAUGAGUCUGGAGAAGACAUCGAAGACAUGGUUAAGAGAUCUAUGAACCCCGAUUUCCCUGAGCGUCUUAUUGACGAUAGAAAAGAAAACUCCAGGGAGGACAAACAAUUUUUGGAUAUGGCUGAAAACUCUAUUUAUAAGGAUGGAGAACAUUACUGCGUUUCGUUGCCAUUUCGUAACAAGGUCACUAUUUUGCCUGAUAACUCGGUAAUGGCUAAACGGAGAUUACGCAGCAUUGAGAACAGGUUCAAGGCAGAUCCCAAGUUCAAAGAAGAUUACACUGCCUUCAUGGAAAAACUGUUGGAGAAAGGUCAUGCUGAACCAGCACCUGUGGGAUUUGACAAAGGAAAGGUCUGGUACAUUCCUCAUCAUGGUGUAUACCACAAGAAAAAGAACAAGAUUCGAGUGGUGUUUGAUUGCUCUGCGCGAUAUCAAGGUGUCUCCCUUAACGACAACUUACUCCAGGGACCUGACCUUACAAACAAUCUUCUUGGUGUGUUGAUGCGAUUCCGGGAGGAACCAGUGGCUGUCAUUGGAGACAUUGAAGCGAUGUUCUAUCAGGUGAAAGUCCCAGUAAAUGAAAGAGACUAUCUGCGAUUUUACUGGUGGCCCAACGGGAAUACUGCGAAUGAGCCAAGGAGCUACAGGAUGACGGUUCACCUGUUUGGAGCCUCAUCAUCUCCCAGUGUUUGCAACUUUGCUCUUCAGAAAACUGCAGAGGACAGUCAAAAACGGUUUCCCCAAGAAGUUCAGGACACACUGAAAAGAAAUAUGUAUGUCGAUGACUGUCUGACCUCCGUUGCUACAGAGAAGAAGGCGAUUAGUCUUAUACAUGAUGUGACUCAAAUGUGUAAAUCCGGAGGAUUCCGACUUACCAAAUGGACGAGUAACAGUGAUGAUGGUUGUGGAAUCUAUUCCAGAGGGUGA